AUGGGUCUGACGAGCGAGGACAUGGAGUGCUGCAUCUGCCUCCAGCCCUACUCUCGCAUGGAGAAGAUCCCUCGGAUGCUCCACUGUAAGCACACAUUCUGUGGGCCGUGCUUGCAGACCAUGUCCAGUCUCCAGAGCGGCCUGCUUACAGUACGCUGCCCCCUGUGCCGCUGGAUCACCUGCACCGGGCCCAUCCUCACCCUGUCGGGGUCGCUGUGGGUUAACACUGAGAUCUGGGACCAGAUACUAGACAGACAACAGGAAGAGGAGGAGGAAGAGGAGGAGGAGGAGGAGGAGGAAGAGGAGAAAGAGUGGAUGGGAGCUAACAGACAGACACAGACCACUACACAGUAUGAAUGUUCUCCAUCAGGGCACUCUGGCCUGAGGCUAAAACUACAGAAAUUCCUGAGGAGGAUGAAGCACAAA